UUCUACUAAUUACAACAAGUAAUUUAAAAUUAAAGCUAAAAAAUAAAAAAUAUUAUUUUUCUUGAAUAAAAAAAAUAAUAUUCACUAGUGUUUUUUCCCCAAGUAUUCAUCUCGUACAUUUUUCAUACAUGCGUACGAAAGAUUGGAUUUAAUUAUUAAAUGUUUUUGUUUUCUUAAUUUUCGUGGUCAUAAUUUUGAAAUUCAAUGUCAAGUUCACACAAAACUAUUUUGUUAAGAUUUCCAUAAAUUUAUUAGUGACUUGAAAAUGGUGUAUGAAACGUCUUAUGAAAGUGGCCGCAGUCCCUUUAUACCAGAUACAAAACGUGGUUAUUGGGCUAAUCCGUAUGAUUUUGUAUAUGCUGGUCUGGGUUUGGCUUUUCGUUUGGAUGUUUUUACAUUGUCAUGGUACUAUUUAAUGCAAUCGAGUGUUAUUUCCUAUGUGCCCGCCUAUUUAAUUAGUUUAUUUAUCUAUAUAAUACCAUUUAUUGUGAUGCAAUCAUUUUUGGGUCAAUUUUCCAGCAGUGGAUACAUCUCAGCAUUUCGAUUAACGCCGCUCUUUAAAGGUAUUGGUUACGUUUCGCUGGCCCUAAAUAUUUGUGUACUUUCCUUUUAUAGUAUUUUUGCCAUGGUACCGCUGGUCUACAUGUUUGCCUCCUUGGAACCAACAUUGCCUUGGGGCUGUGAAGGUUUGAAGAAAUGGACCCAUAUAUUAAUGGAAUGGGAGAAGAUAAAUGUUUGUAAUUUGUAUGUACAAAACGAGACAUACUAUUCGCAUAAGUACUUAUAUGAUGAACAUCAUUUACCCUCAGUGUUGUAUUUUAAAACUCUUUUUAAUGACAUAAAUCUAUUUAAAUACGAAAGUGUUGCAAAGUUCUCCAUGUCGUGGCAAUUAGUUUUAUGUGCCAUUACAGUGUGGACCAUUGCGAUUAUAAUUUUUUAUAAAUUCUUCAAUCCGGAGAGUUUCGGUAAAAUUAUCCGUUACACCGUUUGGAUAUUACUCGGUCUUUUGGUAUUGUUAAUAAUACGCUUCAGCUUUUUACCCGGCUCUGGUGGUGUUUAUGGCAGUUUUUUCACACUUACUUGGUCAGAUAUUACAAAUGGUCUUGCCUCCAUACCUAUUUAUGGACUAACCGCUUUUGGACCCGGCUGGGGUCUCUUCAUAACACUGUCCAGUUUUAAUAAAUUUACAACGAAUAUUAUAAAACAGAGUUGGUUCAUUGGUCUCGGGCAGAUGGUUAUACUUAUUGGUUUGGACUUGUUGGCCAAUUUAACGGAACAAUAUUUUAGUGAAUUAACAAAUUACAAUUACUUUUCGGAUGCGGAAUAUCUUUGGGUUUUAUAUUUAUCGCCAGCUAGUGUAAUGACUCAUAUGGAGUGGCCCAACUUUUGGACAAUAUUAUAUUAUUUUAUGCUAUUUUUGUCUGGCAUGCUUUUAAUUACCACACAACUAUAUACAAUAUUGACCACCAUUUUCGAUGAGUUUGCGGCCUUGAGAGAACGUAAAACAGAAGUCUGCAUGGGUGUUAUAGCCGCCACAGCGGCCAUUUCUUUAUAUUUCACCUCAAAUCAUGGCGUUAUAUAUUUCGUGGUUCUCUUGACCGAUACUUACAUCACACAAACACUUAUUAAUUUAGUACUACUCUUGAUUGUAUUAUGGAUUUAUGGACGUGUACGUUUCCAACGUGACAUAGAAUUUAUGAUAAAUGAGCGUUUUUCCACAUGGAAAAUUAAUAUUCUCAGAUUUGUGGCACCUUUGGGAAUGUUAAUGGCUCUGUUAUUUGGUUUUGUUUCGGCCUUUUACCAACACUUGUCAACCAAUAUAGUAAUUGCAGUUUUCGCUUUAAUCUUUAUUGUUAUUCCAUGGCUCUUAAUACCGAUCUAUGCUGUCUAUGCGAUGCGCCACAGUAUGGGUUCUUUGAAGACACGUUUCCAGCGCAGUUGCACUCCAAACGAUUGGUAUCCUGUUGAACAAGAGGACCGUCAGCAUUAUGAAGAAGCCAUGUGUAAUAUGGAUAUAACUCAUCAACUAAAUGAGAUUACCGACAAUGAUAUAUCGUCAAUAUAAUAAGUUAUGUUUUUUUUGGAAACUUCCAAAUUAUUUUAAACAGUUUGAAUAAAUAAAACAAACCGAAUAGCU